AUGGCUGGCAACCUUUUCUCUCGCUUCGUGCCUGGAAAGGACGACGGACCGUACUAUGAACAACUUGGCCACGGUCAAGACGUCGAUAUCGAGAACCAAGCUGGUCUUGCUUUAGAUGAUGAGAACCUCGCCCAUCAGUUCCAUGACGAUGAUUUGCAGGGCGCCGCAGGGCUGGCUAUUGAUGACAGCCAGGUGUCUGUGGGAAGCCCCGUGAACCCACCACGCAACAGCCGCCGCUCGCAACCCCGGCGGACUGGGCAGGAUCCAAGCUCCAGGUGGCUGGCUCCCGAUGACGAUGGCGACAACGAAGUACCGGCCUCACUACUAGUCGAGCCUGAUGCAACACCGGCUGCUGCUCAUGCCACCUCCCCACAGAUUGGUGUCCGGUCGUCGACACGGACAGCAGCCAUACCCGGGCCCUCCAGUCGUAGGACUCAGGCGCAGUGGGAGACCACACAAGCACAGCAAAGACUCCAUCGCGACGACGACUAUGGCCCGGCAGGGACUGGUGGUCCAGCAAAUGCUCCCACCAGAAGGCUAGGACUAAAUAUCAGCCCGAGGGAGAAAGCCAUGUUUAGAUGGGCUAAUGUCUCGAAUCUCGACGCUUUUACCAGAGAGGUAUACAAUUACUACCAAGGUGCCGGGUUUUGGUGUAUUCUGCUGGACAACUUCUUGCACAUCAUCAAGGUCAUCUUCAUGGCUUCUCUGUUGACUUUUCUUACGCAAUGUGUGGACUAUCGCACCAUUCGACACAGUAAAAGUCUAUCUGAAGUCAUGAUACCCAAAUGCACCAAGAACAUGUGGGGUAUCUGGAAUUUUGGCCUGUGGUGCACCACUUUGUAUGUGGUGGGAAAAAUGAUUCAAUACUUUCUGGAGUUGCCGCGGUUGAUGCAUCUCCGCGAUUUUUACGUCUAUCUCUUGGAGAUCCCCGAGGUCGACAUGCAGACUGUAUCUUGGCAGGACGUGGUAUCACGAAUCACCGGCCUGAGGGAUCAAAACGUUAAAACCGCCAGCAACAUCACCCCAAGCCAGCGCCGGUUCUUGUCGAAGCAGCUCGGCCGACACAUGGUCGGGUCUUCCAAGGAGCGGCUUGACGCUCACGAUAUUGCGAAUCGAAUAAUGCGCAAGGAGAAUUACAUCAUAGCACUAUUCAACAAGGAUAUACUUGAUUUGACCGCCCCCAUUCCCUUCUUCAGGGGCCGACAGUUCAUGUCCAGGUCGCUGCUGUGGACUCUGCAGUUUAGUGUCCUGGAUCUCGUCUUCACCGAAAGCAGCCAAAUUCAGCCACAGGUGCUGAAGUCCGACCAUCGAGGAGUGCUCAGCCGAGAACUAAAGAAACGGUUUGCCUUUGCAGCGUUUAUGAAUCUCUUAUUCGCACCAUUCUUGGCAGGAUACCUCUUGAUAGAUUUUGUCUUUACGUAUUACAACGAAUUCAAAACCAACACCGGCGCGGCCAAUAUGCGAGGGUAUACCCCACUUGCGGAAUGGAAGUUCAGGGAAUUCAAUGAAUUGCCACAUCUGUUCCAGGAACGGCUGAAUAUGUCGUACCCCUCCGCCAAGAAUUAUGUUGACCAAUUCCCGAAACUCAAGACCGAAUCCGCCGCGCGAACCAUAAGAUUCAUCUCUGGUGCAAUCAUUGCUGUCUUGGCCCUUGCAGGUGUUGCCGAUCCAGAGAUGUUUGUUGAUUUCGAGAUUUUCCUGGGCAUCAAUGCGUUGACCUUUCUUGCCAUAUGCGGAACAAUAUGGGCAAUGGCUCAUGGUCAGCUCUCGGAAGACAACAAUGUCUUCAAUCCAGAAUACUACAUGAACAAUGUCAUCAGCUACACACACUACGAGCCCGAUCACUGGAAAGACCGCCUUCAUAGCUAUGAAGUCCGAACUGAGUUUGACACACUGUACAAACUCAAAGUUGUCAUCUUCUUGGAAGAGGUGUUGAGCAUCCUCGUGACGCCUCUGAUCCUUUUCUCUAGCCUCCCAAAAUGCUCAGAUCAGAUCAUUGACUUCUUCAGGGAGUUUACGAUUCAUGUUGACGGCUUGGGUUAUGUGUGCUCGUUUGCCGUUUUUGAUUUCCAGAGAGACCCCAGGAUUACUCGACAGCAGGGACAAACAAGCGACGCUCGCGAGGACUAUUAUGCGACCAAACACAACAAAAUGGCAGCAUCUAUGCAUGGAUUCCUGGAUAAUUAUGUUUAUAAUCCCAGGACGGGACUGCCGGGGACUCAUCCCAUCGGCCGACAUGCCUUCAACCCGCCUCCUGCAUUCCCUGGGCUCAACUCGCCCACGCUCGCUGCGGACAUGCGAGCAUCCCGUAUGGGGCGCAGCGAUGCUCUACGAGGCCGUGGUCCUCAGCCGCAGCAAGGCAAGACGGCACGUUUCGGUCAGGCGCUGCCACAGGCUUCUCCAAUGGCUUCGAUGCUACUAGACCCUCAUAAUCAACCAUCGGCAUCUAUGCUCGCAUCGAGGGGGAACCAUCGAGUCCGACAGCUGCGUGCACCGUAUCUUGGGGAAGGAGGAAUUACCGAGGAGUCGAUGGAAGAGAGCCGGCCAAUAGCGACCUUGCAGCGUCAUGGCACAACAUACACUGAUGAGGACGUUGAGGAGAGCAUUGCGCGUCUUGGUGAGUCGACAUGGGAAGGAACUCCUCGGAGGGGCCUCAGUCGGGAGAACAGUACAGCGGCGGAUGCCGAAGACGGACCCGGAGUGGUAAAAAUGAUGCAAAAGUUCCAGCAAAUUGCAAUGAACAACCGAACUGGCGGAGUUCUAUAA